AUGAAUGAGAUCCCAAACACCAAUGCCUCAUGUGUCGGGAUUUCCGGAAGUCGGACCUUUUCGCUAAAGCAGCCUGACGCGGGUUUGCUGCCGCAAAACUUCAAUGGAAAUCAACCCUCUGAAAUGCCUCAACAGGCCGAGGCGGCACCAACGGCAUCAGCCUCAUAUGGCUGGCUUCCCUCCACCCAGAAGCCGCUGCCUAAGCGCAUGGGUGGCACGCUAGUUCAGGACCCGCGCCUGCUGUGGGAAAAUAGUUUCUCCUGUCUGGCUUCUGACAGUGGAAACACGGGCAAUCUGUGGGAGCCUGUCAAUAGCACAUCAACUGCACAACCCAUUGCAGUGAAGGAUGCCCUUCGCGAUACACCUUCUGUAGGCAGGAAUUCUCAGGCCACUCUAAACUGCUUCUCAAACUUUGGCUUCGGAUACACGGAUGGAGUUCUCAUGUCGCCUAGUUCAAAAGAUAUGGCUGUGCUUGGCUUACAAAUGGCCGACCAAGUUCUCAGUAACUCACCGAAUACUGGCGAUCCAUUAGUUUCGCGGUCUCACCAGUUUGUCGAAAAUGGUGGUCUCACCGGUUUGCUGCCACAUCACAUGGGUUCGGAAGUGGCACCCACUGCUGCUGCUGCCGCUUCAAAUCCCAUUGUCUCUUCUCUCGGCCAGCCAGUGCGCACCUACGCCAAUAAUCCACUAGUUGGUGUGCCUUCACUGGAGGAUACGACUGACUCUCCG